AUGGCCGCGCCGCCCACCGCCGAGCAAAUCGCCAUUGUCAAGUCCACCGCGCCCAUCAUCAAGGAGCACGGCCGGGCCAUUACAGACGCCUUCUACACAAACUUGCUAUCUGUCCACCCCGAGCUUAAGAAUUACUUCUCCCUGCGCAACCAGCAGACCGGCGCGCAGCAGCUCGCCCUAGCCAACGCCGUCUUCGCCUACGCAGCGUACAUUGACGACCUCGCGAAGCUAAGCGAGGCCGUCGAGCGAAUCGCCCAGAAACAUGCCUCGCUGUUCAUCCAGCCCGAGCACUACCCCAUCGUGGGCAAGUUUCUCGUCGAGGCGUUUGUGCAAAUCCUCGGCAGCGCCGUGACCGAGCAAGUCAAGGACGCGUGGAUCGCGGCAUACCAGCAGCUCGCCGACAUCUUCAUCCAGCGCGAGCAGCAGCUCUACAGCGAGCACGGCGAGGACUGGCAACAGUGGCGCAAGUUUGUCAUUGCCGACAAGCAGCACGACUCGGAAGACGUCUUCCACCUGUCUCUCACACCGACCGAUGCGCUGCCCCUGAAGGAAUUCCUUGCCGGGCAGUACGUCUCGCUGCAGGUCCCGGUCCCCGAGGCCGACGGGCUCCUGCAAAGCCGGCAGUUCAGCAUCAGCUCGGCGCCCGUCGAGUCCCGCGAGCGGCUGCGCGUCACGGUCAAGCGAGGGAGUACCGUGCUGGGCGCGAGCACGCACGACGUUGUCCAGGGCAAGGUGUCGGGACUCGUUUCCAACAUUCUCUUUGAGAGGUACAAUGUCGGCGACGAGGUGGAACUCAGUCCUCCCCGGGGCGUCUUUUCGUUUGACGCUGAGGCUGUAGAUCCGAGUGUUCCCGUCGUCCUGCUCAGUCUUGGUGUCGGGGCGACACCCGUCGUCGCGAUUCUGGAUUCGAUUCUCAAGUCGGGCCAUCCGGCUCGCCGGGUGAGCUACAUCCAUGGCGCGCGGCACGCGGGCGCCGUAUGUUUCGGGGAGCACGUUCGUUCCGUUGCCAAGGACUGUGAUAACGUGUCGUCGGUGCUUUUUCUUAAAAACGUCAAAGAGGGCGACGAGUACACUUUCCAGGGGAGGAUGGAUCUGAAUAGGCUGGAUGGGGGUGCGCAUUUAUGCCUUGAUGAUGACAAGGCGGAAUACUUUGUGUGCGGGCCGCCCGAAUGGAUGGUGCAGACGCGGACCUGGCUGACGGAACAGGGCGUCGAGGUGAAGAGGGUUCACUUGGAGUUGUUUGGGACAGGAGGAACCUGA